GUGAGUUUGAAAGCUGCUGUGUCGUCGAUUUCUUCUGAAGUUCGCAUUAAAGUGAGAUUUUCUAAGUAGACUGCCGAUGUCCACCUUCCUUUUUUUCCAAGUUUGUAGCUUAGGACGCCAAUGUACAAGUUGAAUCUCGCUUGUGCGGCUUCAUAAUGCAACCCUUAAUUUGCUGAUCAUCCGCAUGAAUUCUGAGUACCCAUUUGAAUCCUUAAGAGAUGAUCGUAUGGGUGCUGUUGGCGUUGCUUUUUACAACCGCAACCGCCAAGAAAUCGGAUUAUCGGACGGUGUACGCAUGCGAAGGCACUCAAUUGCACAUUACGUGCGACGAAGGAUAUCUGAUUCAUCUCAUAAGAGCCAACUAUGGCCGGUUCAGCAUCAGUAUCUGCAACGAGCAUGGCAAUUUGGAUUGGAGUGUGGAUUGCACUGCCCACCUUUCCUAUAUUGUUAUUCGUGAGAGAUGUAAUCUGAUGUCGAACUGUAUCGUGAGUGCAUCCAGUGAUAUCUUUGGUGAUCCUUGCGCCGGUACAUAUAAAUAUCUGGAAGUGCAAUACCAAUGCGUUUUAGAAUCCAUGACAACCUUUUCUAACUCAUCUGUCAUGAGAACUACUACGACAACCACAUCGUCGACUGCACGUCCUCCAGUCAUAAUUCCUAUCACUCGAUCUACUAAGCCUACAGUUGCAACAACACCAUUAAGGUUCUUCAAAACAACUGCAACAAUUAAGUCGACUACUACUAAGUCCACAACGACGACGACGACUACUACUACUACGUCGACAAAAGCGCCAACUUCUGUGAUAACUACUACAACAGUAGCUCCUAGAUUUCAUUUAGCUCAUACUGUAAAAACUACACCCCGUGUGACUGCAUUCAACAAGGAUGACUAUUGUCCUCCUACACAUUCCAAAAACUUAAGUUGGGAAUGGACCGAAGCUGGAACAGAAAUUGUUCAAAAGUGCCCUGGUGGCACGUUUGGGGAAGCCCGGUGGAAAUGCGGUGAAAACCCUGUAGAAUGGAUUCCUGAAGUUCCUGAUUUAAGUGAAUGCAGUUCCCUUUGGGUGGACAACUUAAGAUCAAGAGUAGAUGGCGGCGACUCUGUUGUCAACAUUGCUGCUGAAUUAUCUGUGAUGACACACCGAAAACCUUUGUAUGGUGGAGAUGUCAGGCAUGCUACUGAAAUUCUUCACAGACUUGUUUCCAAAAUGGCUGACAAGAUGAAAGACAUUGCUGACGACAAGCAACGGCAUCAGCUGCUAAAAGAGUUGUUAGAGAGUGCUGGCGAUGUAACAAGUAAUUUAUUAGAAGUUUCUCCAUCAUGGAAUGAACUCCCCACCGGUGAACGAAAAAACAUUGCAUCUACCCUUUUGGAAGCUUUGGAGAACAGUGGUUGGCUGUUAGCAUCUGCUCAUAAAUCAACAUUUUUCUACAGGAAAGCUCUUCAUAAUAUAUUUCUUUCAGUACGAGUUUUAGAAGCAUGGACCGUUUCAGAAAUAACUUUUCCAUCGGCGGAAGAAAUUGAUGGCACAACAUGGGAGGAUUUUGGUGAUCGUAUUCAUCUUCCUAUGCAAGCGUUAAUGGGAACAUCUGCAAAUGGUGUAGUUAAAGUAUAUUUUGCAUCUUAUGAAAGGGUUAAAGACUUUUUAAGUGCUGAAGAUGUGUCAAGCUCUGAUGGAUUCUUGCAUAACACAUCACGAAUGAUUAACUCCAGAGUUAUAUCAGCAUACACUGGCAGAUAUCCUGGCACUAAGUUCAGUGAACCUGUUACAAUAACCUUUAAACUACUACAGGAGGAAAAUGUAACGAACCCUCAAUGUGUGUACUGGGAUUUGAAUUCUAGAUUGUGGUCCCAAGAAGGAUGUUGGUUAAAAAGUUCCAAUAAAACUCAUGCUGUUUGUGAAUGUGAUCAUUUGACGAAUUUUGCGUUAUUCAUGGAAAUGAAGAGUAAAUCUGUUAAACUUCAACAUCCUCUUCUUUCAAAAGUAGUUGUUUUUACAAGUGCUAUAGCAGCUUCAGUACUUUUCCUGCUCACAGAGAUAUUAUUGCUGAUUUUCAGACGUUUCCCUGAUGACCAUUCAGCUAUCCAUAAACAUUUAUGUUUCUGCCUCGUGCUGACAGAAAUCAUUUACAUGUGUGGAGUAGAUAAAACAGGUCUUCCAUGUGCUCUAUUAGCUGGUGCUUUACACUUCUGUCUUCAAGCAGUAUUUUCAUGGUUCUUUCUGUAUGCUUUUCAACUAUAUUUACACCUUGUUGAGCCAGCUUACACUAGCAGAGUUCUUGGCUAUUCCCUAAUUUCAUAUAUUACACCAAUUUUAAUUGUUGGUGCAACAGCAUUAAUUGAUCCACAAAGCUAUGGAACACAAAAAUAUUGCUUUUUAGGAUUUGAUAAUUAUAAAAUCUUUGGUUUUGUUGGACCUGCUGCUAUGUGUAUAGUGGGAUCACUUAUUUUCUUGGUACUUACAAUACGCAAAGUGAGCAGUCCACCUUCUUCCGAAAAUCAAGAAAUUAAGUUCCAUACAAUAGGGGUUCGAUGCCGUGAUGCCUGGUUUGUAGUGAUAGCAAGUGCAAGUUGUUGGGCAUUUUUACUUUUAUACUUGCAACAGGAGACAGCUAUUAUAUCAUAUUUAUUUGCCACUCUUAACUGCAUACAAGGGCUAACUGUUUUCAUUUUCAUUGGAUUAAAUGAUACUGAGGUUCAACAAGCUUAUAACAAAUGGAAAUUAAGAGAUUCAUGCAUUCAACCAAAAAACACUACUGCUCAAUUUCCUCUUCCAUCAGCAACAAGCCAACAUAGUGUAGAAGCGGCAUAUUUGCAGCCCUCUACAACUGUUUCGUCACUUUCAACAGUGACUACCCCAGAGCUGGAAUUUCAGCUGGGUACUUUCCAUCAUUCCGAUCUCUGCCAUGCUACCAGAUCCCCUAUUUAUGACAAUCGUGAACGCCUGGUGGCAUGAAAUCCGUCCUCCUCGCUAGUCGAACAUUUCCAAGUGACUCUGUACAUAUUCAUCUUCAUGUCGUGGUUUAAUGUUUUUACUAUUUGCUCUGUGAUAACUUAACCACCUUGCGGUUCUGGACGAGAUAUCUCGUCCAAUUAACUUGUAACUCUUGGACUGCCCAACCAAAGGGUGGUUAAAUGAAAACUGUUCAUGCUUGUGUUUCUUUUCUAUGAUUUGUAUGGAUUAAAUAAAAUAUUUAAAAGGAAAUUUGUCACAUUUUUAUUUUCUUUCUGAUUUAAAAUGAUACACUGAGAGAUUGUUAAUAAUUUUACAUAUUGUUGCCUCAGAGCAACACUAAGACAUCUAACCCCAGGAAUAACACUAAGAUAUCCUACUGUUGCUCUGAGACGACGAUAUGUAAUAAAAAGAUGGUUACUUUUCUGAGAUAUUAAAACAUAAGGUCCAAGUACUAGUUAUUUCAAUCAACUUUCACAUCAUUGAAAAGCAAUUGAAAAUUACAAUUAAACUAUGCAUGUAGGAUUUGAAAAUAACAGUUUUUUGGAGUACUUACAUUUAUGUACACUAGUAAAUAAUAAGCUUACACUAGCAAAGCAGAACCAAUAUUUUGUGGAAGUUCAAAACAAUAAUCCACAGUGAAAUGUUCAUAUCAUAUUAAUAAAUUAGUCUUCAAUCUAGAUUUAGCAGAUAAGAGAAUUACUUAUAAAACAGUAAAACUAUUUUAUAAAAAAAAA